AUGGCUCUCGACACGAGCAGUGACUACGCUGCCGGCGCCCACGAUGACACACAACUACCCGUCUUCGACGUGCAAAAAGUGCAGCUCCGCUUCGACAUCUCCGCCGACUUCGUAGCUGCUCAGGUAGCUAACAAUGUUCUCGUCCUCGCGCUGUCCACCGGCCGCAUUCUCCGAUUCGAUCUCGAUAACCCUGCCGAUAUCGAUGAUAUAGACCUACCCAAGCGACCUGCUGAAAUCGGCGUCAUUCGCAAGCUGUUCCUCGAUCCGUCCGCGUCUCACUUGAUCAUAUCGACCACUCUGGGGGAGAACUACUACCUUCAUACACAGUCACGGCAACCCAAGGCUCUGUCAAGAUUGAAAGGAAAACAGAUUGAGAGUGUAGCAUGGAAUCCAUCACAGCCUACCGCCUCUACGAGAGAGAUCCUGGUGGGAACAACAGAGGGAAUUGUGUACGAAACAUACAUUGAACCACGAACUGAGUUCUACAGCCAUCAGGACAAAUACUGCAAGGAUGUGUAUAACCCGCAAGAUGGACCUAUUGUUGGACUAUAUACGGACGUGAUAUCGACAAGACCAGAUACACGGCGCAUUCUGGUCGCAACACAGCACAAGCUGUUACAUUUCGUUGGCAAGUCUGGAGGACGCGGACACGAACAAUAUGUCUAUGCGAGGUUGCUGGAGGGUGAGACACCGACCAUCCACGAAACCGACAGGGCAGCAGCUGCGGUCCCUUCUUGUCUGGCGACUUCACCUGAUUCUCCCGAUGCGCCUCCUUCAGUGAACGACGGGCAAAGUGCAGAGCGUGCAUAUGCAUGGCUCUGUGCAGAAGGGAUCUACCAUGGCAAACUUUUGACUUCGACACCAGACCCGGUGACCCUUGGGAAGCAAGUGUUCAGAGAGUCCAAGAUGCUGCCUAGUUCAAAGUUACCGCCUGUGCAAACAAGCGGAGGCCGGAAUCGUGCUACCCAGCCCCAUGUAUCGUCUAUGAUACUGACACAAUUCCACAUUCUGGCUUUCGCGGACGGUCGUAUCACAGGAAUAAACCAGUUGGAUGAGACAGUGGUCUACAACCAACAGAUACUUGAGAGCGGUCAGACCUGCUUGGGCAUGUUUGCAGACCAUCAAAAGAACACAUUUUGGCUCUUCACUCCUCAAGAGAUCUUCGAGAUUGUUGUCACGGACGAGGCGAGGGAUGUCUGGAGGAUUAUGCUCAACCAAGGCCAGUACGAAGCGGCGCAACGAUAUGCAACAACAGGCGAGCAAAGAGAUGCGGUCGCUUCCAUGACUGGCGACCAUCUCAUGUCUCAGGGCAAGUUUGCAGAUGCGGCGGUUAUCCUUGGGAAGAGUACGAAGGCUUUCGAAGAUGUUGCCCUCAGCUUUAUCGAUAAGGGUGAGCACGAUGCUUUGCGGAAAUACUUGUCAGUCAAACUUGCUUCACUCAAGAAGGCCGCUACGAUGCAGCGUAUCAUGCUUGCGAGUUGGAUGGUGGAGCUAUACAUGGCAAAGCUGAAUCAACUGGAUGACACCAUCUCAACACGAGCAGAACUAGCAGCCAACGGCGAAGCCACAUCGCUUGACACCGAAAAACAGCUGCCAGCAAUCCGGAAAGAGUAUCAAGACUUCGUCACGAAGUACAAGAGUGAUCUUGACCGCAAGACCACGUACGAGGUUAUCAGCGCCCAUGGUCGAGAGGAGGAGCUUCUCUACUACGCCAAUGUAGUUGAUGAUUUCAACUACGUCCUAUCCUACUGGAUCAAUCGCGAACGCUGGGACGAGGCCAUGACGGUGUUGAAGAAGCAGACAGAUUUAGAAAUGUUCUACCGAUACAGCAGUGUUCUCAUGGCACACAAAGCGUUUGAGCUUGUUGAUGUCCUCAUGAGACAGAGCAGUCUGGACAUCAAGAAGAUCAUCCCUGCACUACUCAACUACAACAAGACCAUGGGCGAUGCAGUACCACUGAAGGACAACCAGGCGAUUCGCUAUCUGCUUUUCUGUAUCAACCACUCGCAUUCCACAGAGCCAGCUGUACACAACACACUGAUCUCGAUGUAUGCGGCUCAUCCUACCAAGGAUGAAAGCGCCCUUUUGAGCUACCUACAGACACAGGAGAAGAAUGACGACCAAUUCUACGAUGCCGACUUCGCGCUCCGACUUUGCAUCGCUCACAAGCGUGUGCGGUCAGCUGUUCACGUCUACACCACAAUGAAGCAAUACGCUUCCGCUGUAGAGCUGGCACUGAAAUAUGACGAGGUAGAACUUGCAGCUGAGGUUUCAGACAGCCCUGAUAUCGACGACGCGCUUCGCAAGAAGUUGUGGCUGAAGGUCGCCAAGACCGUCAUUGGAGAGACCAAAGGCAUCAAGGCCGCUAUCGAGUUCUUGAAGCGCUGCCGGCUUCUCAGGAUCGAAGAUCUCAUCCCCUUCUUUCCGGACUUCGUUGUCAUUGACGACUUCAAAGAGGAGAUCUGUGCUACACUGGAGGAUUACAGUCGACAAAUUGAUGAGCUAAAGCACGAGAUGGACGAGAGUGCAAACACAGCGCAGCACAUCAAGGACGACAUCAAAGCUCUGGACCAACGAUACGCGAUUGUCGAGCCUGGCGAGAGAUGCUGGAAGUGUCGGCUGCCGCUCUUGAUGCGACAAUUCUUUGUCUUUCCCUGUCAGCACGCUUUCCACGCCGAUUGCUUGGGAGAGAUGGUCAUGGACAUGGCGGGUAUGGGAAGGAGUAAGAGGAUACGAGAACUUCAAAGAGAGAUUGGACGUGGAGUUGCGCUGGGCAAGCGUAGAGAGGGUAUGGUUAGGGAGCUGGAUGGGCUUGUUGCUGGUGCAUGUGUGCUCUGUAGCGAGAUGGCCGUCAAACAGAUCGACAAGCCUUUCAUUACAGAAGCUGAUAAUAGGAAUGAGUGGGCGAUAUGA